AUGCCACCAUCAAUUGGUGUUAAUUUACGCGUUACUGGCCACUGUAGUCAAGGCGGGAGAAAGUACAUGGAAGAUUUGUUUUCCGUUGCCUAUCAACAAACGGAAGACGAACGGGAUUUGGAGUAUGCUUUCUUUGGAAUAUAUGAUGGACAUGGCGGGAGUGAAGCAGCAGCUUUUGCUAAGGAGCAUUUAAUGGAUUCUAUUGUUAAACAACGACAAUUCUGGUCGGAUAAUGAUGAGGACGUUCUGAAAGCUAUUCGAAAUGGUUACAUGUUGACCCACUUGAACAUGUGGAAAGAAUUAGAAAAAUGGCCCAAAACUGUAACAGGGUUACCAAGCACUGCAGGUACUACAGCCAGUGUGGCUUUCAUUCGUCGUGGAAAAAUAUAUAUAGGACAUGUAGGUGACUCUGCUAUUGUCUUAGGAUAUCAAAAAGAUGGAUGUGAAGAAUGGGGUGCAAAACCACUGACCUCAGAUCACAAGCCAGAAUCAACAACUGAAAUUGAAAGGAUUCAAAGAUGUGGUGGCAAAGUUAUUACCAAAGCAGGAGUACCCCGGGUUGUUUGGAACAGGCCUCGUAUUGGCCACAAGGGACCAAUUAAAAAGAAUACUCCAAUGGAUGAAAUACCAUUUUUAGCUGUGGCAAGGUCUUUAGGUGAUCUUUGGAGCUAUAAUCCUCAAAAUGAUGAGUUUGUAGUGAGCCCAGAUCCUGAUGUUGGAGUGUUAAAUAUUGAUCCAUCUAAGUUUAGGUGUUUAAUUUUUGGCACUGAUGGCCUAUGGAAUAUGAUAUCACCAGAGGGAGCAGUAAGCUUAGUUCAAGCAACGGAACGCCAUAAUGAAGCUGCGUUAGUAGGAGGCAAUGGUAGUCAGCCACGGGAUUGGCUUAAUCCUUCAAAGAGUCUAGUGGACCAUGCUCUAGAGAGAUGGUCGAAUACUCGCAUGAGGGCAGACAACACGUCGGUGGUGACGUUGAUGCUGGAUCCUCCGGGGCCGCCGCGUGCCACCGUGCUCCGCUCGCGUGGCACUGCCCCCCUCUCCCACUCCACUCUGUCCGCCCCCACCACCACCCCCGCAUCAGCUCCCGCACCCGUCCCUUCGCCUGCUCCCGCGUCCGUAUCCACUCCUUCAUCUACACACAGGCCAGAACACGCCAAGCCCGACGCCGUCGAAGCCGACACGCGACAGGUGCCGCAGAACGGACUCACCAUCAUGACCAGAUACUCCGACGUGGAUAGACCUGCCCCUUCGUCGGAAAGCACGGAGAGAACUCCGCUGCCCCCGUGCGCCACUCUGGACGGCCGGUUCUCGACGUCGACAAGAGAGGAGGACCGGCACGAAGAAGACGAGGAGAGCGCGAUCACCAAUUACGGCAAUCCGUCCGAGUCGUACUUUAUGGCGCGUCUGUUGAAUCGGACUAGAGUCGUGAACACGCUGUCGGAGGUGUACGAGGAGAUCGCGAGCGGGAGAACGCGCGAGAGCUCCGAGGAAGCGUUGCCCGCCGCGCCCGAGCUCGCGGGUGGCGGGGACGCGGGCGGCGCGGGGGGCGCGGGGGACGUCACGCGCGCGCCCGACCCCGAGCGCGUCGCCGACGCCGGAGACGCGCCGCCCGCGCCCGACGAGCGGCGGGAGCGAGACGGCAGCAUCCAGAUCAACGAGGUGUCGUCCAGCUCGCCGAGCGAAGCGCCGCGGCCGCGCGGACGCAGGUCGAAAGCGGAGAAACGCGAGGUCGCUCCGCACGAUCGCGUGCUGCGCUCGCACCACGACCACGACACUCGGCCGCACACGCGGCAGGCGAGCACCCGCGCACCUCCCCACCCUCCCCCGCUAGACCGAGUCGUCAUCCUGACGCGGCGCGGCCCGCAGGUCGCGCCCACCCCCUCCCCCGGGCCCGGCGCGGCGCAGCCGGUCGUGUGCGAGGGGAGACGAGCGACUCGUUCGCAGGGGGGCGGGGCGUGCGGGGCGUCGCGUGCGGGAAACUGUGCGCGCGCCCCGGGGCCGGCGCGGCGGGCCCCGGCGGCGCACUGCAAGGAGAACCUGUGCGGGGGGGAGGCGCGGCGCGCGGCGGGGCGGGGCGCGCGCGGCGGGGCGGCGGGCGGGGCGGGCGGGCGGCCGCGCACGCCGCGCUCGCCGCGCCGCGCUGACGACGCGGAGGUGCACUCCACCACGGGCUGGGCGCGGGCGCUGCGCUCGCGCAACGACGCCGAGCCCGCGCCGCCCGCCGGCAAGCGGCCGCGCUGCGAGCCGCCGCCCGCGCCGCCCGCCGCCCCGCCGCCCGCCCCGCUGCCCGCCCCGGGCAAGCGCGCCGCGCAGUGGGCGCCCGCGCUCGCGAUACGCAAUCGCCUGCGCCGCCGCCUCGGCAAGUAG